GAGAGAGAGAGAGAGGUGGUGGCCAUUGAGGAAUCAUUUUGGAGUAGUAUCAAUUUAUGAAAAAAAAUCGAACAAGUCAUAAACAAGUCACAAUUUCGUUGUGGAAAAAUGACCAGUCCGGUCAAAUACGAAAAACUGGGGAUCUAGUUAUUUUACUCCAACAUGUCUACACGCAAUUUAGUGGCGUAGCCAAGAAUCGACUAAAGGGGGGGGGGGGGCGAAAUCUUACCAAGACCGAGGGGGCAAAAUGUUUUUUUGAUUAAAGUUAUUACAUUUUUACAAACUCUGACAGCUCACUUUUGUUUGUUUUUAAACCCGGCAAGGACACUGAUGCCCCCAUCACCCCCUAGAAAUAUUAAUGUUUAAUCACGUUUUUUUCCAUGUAAUAUGAUUAGUAGUUCACUUUUUGCCCAUGCGCUUCGCACGCAGUACGUUUUAUUGUCAUACUUAACCUGGCAGAUCAACUGUGACGAAAUUGUUUUCAUAAAUUGUGACGUAUUUCUUUCACACACACGCGCUGAGUCAAUGCUAACUCAUUUAUUGACAUCACACAUGCCCAGUGAACACACACCUCACGGACGUAUUAAUAUUUCCAUCCUCGUUCAGUGGCACGCACUGAGAGACCAGCGAAUCUGCAAUCCAACUCUCCCCGGCUCAAGCGGGGGUCCGGAAGCGCUCGCGCUCGUAGAUACCCGCAAACUACGUUGGAUCUUUAAUACCUGUACACAAUUUCGGUGGUUGAGGAGUUAAACUUUUGUUCUGAUGUUGUUUGGACGAUUGACUUUCAAAAUGAGAGCGGUUGCUUCCCUCCUCCUUUUAUCGAUCUUAAUUGGACUGGGGGCGUGCGACGAAGACAAUUGUGAAACCAGUUCCGGCUCUAAUAGUGAAGAAGGUGAAAGAACUAAAAAUAUUACGCUUAACUGCGGUAGAGAUUUCAUCAACUUAGGUACUGUUGUCUACUGCAGGACUGACACAGCAGCAUGCUCAGACGCUGCGAUGGCUGAUUCCGCCUGGGAAUGCGGUGGCGCAAAUGUGACGGAUCUUGUACGUGAACGUUGCGACGAUGAAACGACGUGUAUGGUUGAGUUACCAAAUUCACUCGGAGAUCCGUGUCCUGCUAUCUACAAUUAUACGAACGUCACAUAUUCCUGUAAAGCUUUUCCACAGAACAUGACGUGGAUCAGAAAUUAUACUUUUGGGUUUGUAGACUUUUCGGAUGACUUCACGACCAGCCUAAGGAUAACCCUAAAUUCCGAGGAGAGGUCUUUUAUCUGGGUGCCAUGCCUGAAAAUAAAAAGAUGGUUCUCAAGACCUGGCGAUGAAAAUUUUAGUGUAGACGUAGAAAAGCCAAUAUGCAACACUAUUACGGUUUUUUCCUCUGCGAACAUCAUCGUUCAUGGGAUAGUCGCUUGGCGAUCGGCCAUCAUCACCGGAGGUUUUCUCGCUCUACCGAACGACUUUCUCGGCACGGAAUACCUGAUAGAUGUCUACACACCAGAAAUAGGUCAUUCCCCCCAAGCCGCAAUAACGGCCAUUAGCGACAAUACGAACGUAACCAUCGAUUGUGUUAUAAUUAGCUCCUGUACCAUCAAAGAUCGAGAUGAGCUUUCUGGAUAUAUUAUUCUAAAUAAGAGUGACUCAGUACUGUUGAAAACAAUAUCACCCAAAAACCUAGCUGGAACCCUAGUACUCGCUGAUAAACCAAUCUCGGUUGUUGUUGGAUCGAAAAGAGUAAACAUACCGAUGACGUCAGAUCAAGACCACGGCGUCAUUAUAGAACAACUGAUUCCUGUCUCUAGGUGGGGGCGUGUCCAUUUUGUCCCACCCUUCCAUAAUGCGACAAACGGAUGGAUAAUCCGCGUUUCGGCGUUUUACCAAAACACCAACAUAACCCUGUCACAAUGCGGAAACGAUGCUAUACAACAUAAGAUGCUUAGCAGGCAAAAAUAUAUUGACAUCGAAGUCGCUGAAAACAUGAACAAUUACGUUUGCAUGAUAAUCUCAGAUAUGCCGGUUCAGGUUAUGCAGUACAUGGAAAGUUCUUCAAGGGAUCAAUACGGUGAUCCUAGUAUGAUAUUGAUUCCACCAACGCAAGAUUUUCAUGGGAAUACCACAUUGCGCGUUGAAAAUGGUAAUGAUAUUUUGCAAUAUGUAGAUUUCAUCACCACGGAGAGCGGGAAAGAUAGUCUGAAAUUGAACGAAACUACAGUCAGUAAUCUCACUGGAUACUGCUUCAAUCUUACCGCAGAUUUGCAGGCGAUGUUAGGUUCAGGUCACACGCCGGUCAAAAGUUAUUGCUACUUUUAUCGAAUGUUGGUAAAUGGAGUGUACCAUGUGACUCAAAGCGACCAAUCAGAGACGUUUCUUGUUCGACUUUAUGCUCAAACAUUUACAGUUGGGGGAGCAAUGCUGGCAGAUUUGUCAUUUCAAGAACCUGAAAUGAUAAACAUUCCUGCAUCUUUUCCACAGAACCUGACGUUCGUUAGAAAUUAUACCUUUCGGUUUAUAGACUUGAAUGGCUUCACGACCAGCCUGAGAAUAACCCUAAAUUCCAAGGAGAAGACCUUUAUCUGGGUACCAUGCCUGGAAAUAAAAGGAUGGUUCCAAGAACCUGACGAUGACAAUUUGAGUGUAGAAUUAGACAAGACCAACUGCAGCACGAUUACAGUGUUUUCCUCUGCGAACAUCAUCGUUCACGGGAUAGUCGAAAGUGGGGGGGCCAUCACUGGAGGUUUUCUCGCUCUUCCAAACGACUAUCUCGGCAAAGAAUACCUGAUAGAUGUCUACACACCAGAAAUAGGUACUUCCCCCCAAGCCGCAAUAACGGCCAUUAACGACAAUACGAACGUGACGAUCGAUUGUGUUAGUUCUAAUUGCACCAUAGAUGGAAAUGUUUCUGGAAAUAUUAUUCUAAAUACGAAUGACUCAGUCCUGUUGCAAACAGAAUCACCAACAACCCUAACUGGAACACUGGUCCGCGCUGAUAAACCAAUAUCGGUUGUUGUUGGAUCGAUAAAAGUAAGAAUACCGAUGACGGGGGAAGAACACGGCGUCAUCAUAGAACAAUUGAUUCCUGUCUCAAAGUGGGGGCGUGUUCAUUUUGUCCCACCCUUCCAGAGUGCAACAAACGGGUGGGUAAUCCGCGUUUCGGCGUUUUACCAAAACACCAACGUAACCCUGUCACAAUGCGGAAACGAUACUUUACAACACGAGAUGCUUAGCAGGCAAAAAUAUAUUGACAUCGAAGUCGCUGAAAACAUGAACAAUUACGUUUGCAUGAUAAUCUCAGAUAUGCCGGUCCAGGUUAUGCAGUACAUGGAAAGUUCUUCAAGGGAUCAAUACGGUGAUCCUAGUAUGAUAUUGAUUCCACCAACGCAAGAUUUUCAUGGGAAUACCACAUUGCGCGUUGAAAAUGGUAAUGAUAUUUUGCAAUAUGUAGAUUUCAUCACCACGGAGAGCGGGAAAGAUAGUCUGAAAUUGAACGGAAAUGCAGUCAGUAAUCUCACUGGAUACUGCUUCAAUCUUACCGAAGAUUUGCAGGAGAUUGUAGACUAUGGCCACUCGCCGGUCCAAGGUUAUUGCUACUUUUAUAAAAAGUUGACAAAUGGAGUGUACUAUGUGACGCAAAGCGACCAAUCAGAGAAGUUCCUUGUUCGACUUUACGCGCAAACAUUUGCAGUUGGGGGAGCAAUGCUGGCAGAUUUGUCAUUUCAAGAACCUGAAAUGCUAAACAUUACUGCAGGUCCUACCACGGCCACUGAUACCACCUUAGCAGCCACAACGGAGAUGUCAGAUGCGGAAAAGCAAAGGUCCCUGAGCGCUAGACUCCAAGGAGGUUUCCAGAACUACGGUGAGGCUGAGGCAGCCAUGUCGGCAUUCACCGACUACCUCGGGGAUCGGGAAGAACUCGGGUCCGUCGACGAUCUGGACUUCGCCUUCGACUACUUCACCCGAGUUCUCAAACACAAGCCGUUGGAGCACGCCACGGGCGACAACGCCCAGUCAUUUCUCAAUCUCUCUUCUGGACCGAUGAGCGUUCUCUAUGCGGAUAAGACUAAUCAACUCCUAGCUAAAGCAUGUGAAUAUGGGACCGGUCUGAAGUCUACCCCAGAACACGCUCAAAAAGAGCUAGAGGUUCUGAUGAAUGAUGCUGCAGCCCUCAUCAUAAAUGGAGGUACAUCUUCGUUUGGCGUUACAACUAAAAAUGCAGCGGUCGCUGUUUCAUCCACCCGGUCCGCAACUUCAUCAGCAGUCGCCACUGAAUCUUCUGUGUGUGGCGGCGCCCUAGACCUGAAUCUGGAGGGCGUGCAUAUUCCAUGCGAGGUUAUUAAGGAGCUCGAUUCCCGCGCUUCGUACCUUAUCAACCUUCCCCAUGGAGCGGAGGCUGUGUCGAGAUCAUCCUGCAAAUAUGACGAGAAUGAAACCAUUGUCUCCUCGCCUCUUCUAGGUGUGGGCCUUAUAUCGGAGAGGUCGAAACAGAAUUUUAGCAGCAACAUUACGUUGACAUUCCUCACAACCGCUGACAAGACGGAACCCACGUACAAUAACACUCUUUGUUCGUAUUGGGAUAACGAUGCUAGGAACUGGUCAACUUCGGGUUGCUACCUAGGAGAUAUUAACGUCACGGAUAACGGCACAAUGGUCACGUGCCUAUGUGAUCACCUGACAAGCUUUGCUGUACUGCUGGAUGUUUCUGGUACAGACAUUCCACCGCAAGAUGAAUUCGCCAUGGGAAUCAUCUCCUGGGUCGGAUGCAGCCUAUCAAUCGUUGCCUGCUUCCUGACAAUUUUUGGUUACACCUUUCUCAGACUCCACAGUGAUCUUAUCCUGAUACAUGGUAACCUAGCCUUGUCUGUAGGGUUAGCUGAGAUCGUGUUCCUGUGUCUCAAUCUCGUAAAGCAUCCAUCGAUACCAUGUACUGUCGUGGGUGCUUUGCUUUAUUAUCAACUGUUGGUGAUGUUUGCCUGGAUGGCCAUAGAAGGCAUACAUCUCUAUCUGCUGACCUUUGUAGUAUGGAACGCUGAACGGCGCAAAUUCAAGUACUAUAUGGCAUGCGGAUGGGGAAUACCGGCUGUCUUUUUAAUUGUGCUUCUAUCCGUGUAUCAUGAUGAUUUAGAAAGAGGGAUAGCUACAAGCUGUUUCCUGGGUCUUGAAUCCGGUUCUAAUGGGAACUACAGCGAUCCUGAUGGGAACCUAAGUCUGCUUUUCUUCAUGAUACCGGUCGCCAUUGUGAUUGUUUUUAACCUCUUUGUGAUGAUACGGGUUGUUCUACAAAUUGCGAAAAUGGCGGACGGGCCUACGCUACAAAGUGACGUCAAGUCUAGAGUGAGACAUGGUGCGAAGGCGAUUUUGAUUCUUCUUCCCAUCAUGGGCUUGACGUGGGCCUUUGCCUUCUUGGCCAUCGAGAGGGCGUCUGUCGCUUUCCAGUAUAUCUUUGUCCUUUUAAAUUCCUUCCAAGGGGUCUUUAUAUUUCUCGUCCACUUUGUACGGAAUUCUGAGGUACGGCAUGCUUUAAAGCGGAAGAGGGAAAGGUGGUUGGUCAGUCAAAGCAGACAGGGUGACUACCGGGUGAAGAAUACCAAGAAGACGUCGAGCUCUGCAGUCGACAAGACAAGUUCGUCCAUGGCAAAGACACCAGAACAGACCAUGACGCUCAUGAACAUGAACACAGAACCAGUUUUUCCCGUUUGUAUUCCGGACGAAAACGAUAACUGAAGUUAGAUCACAAAAAAGGAAAAACCACGUGGCAUACACAAACAGAUAAGUCAUGCCAGACAUCUUGACAUUUAUGAAAGUUGGUACUAAAGCGAUGUUUGUCGGUGUUGAUUUAAAAAAAUGCAACUAUGAGUUCAAAGCAUGAACAGGAAAAUCAUAGUGACAGCUACUGAGAACACGGCAUCUUGUCAGAUUCAUCUUGAAUUUCUAGAACGUCACGACUGAAGCCAUGUAUACUGGUUUAAUUACUUCCUGAUAUUAUUGCGACUAAAGUGAUUGGAAUAUUACAUGAAGACAACCUUAGCUGUGACUUCUACGGCCAUAUUUCUACGCCUCAGCAGGCCUGAACGUUCACGCUUAAUCUGUGUAUAGCGUUUUGCUCCACGACUGAAACAGCAGCUGAAGAUGCAGAAUUUUAAACGACAACCCAGUCUGAACGCCAGAGGGCCAUGUCCAUAUUAAAGAUACCUUGAACCGCAGGAACAUGCAUGCCAUUCUUAAACAUUGUACCGGUAAAACUCCUGUGAUUGGAAUAUACAAAUACAACCUGUACAAGACAAGUUGUGACAAUGAAAAAAGAGGAGAGACACAACUCUUAAAAAACUUUUCCUUUGAUAGUUUAUCAUUUUGAUAUUCGUGUUGUUCUUUAUCAUUUACAGGUAUUACUAGUGCUUCUGGGACACCUGCCUCCUGGACAUCCACCCCGGAUAACUAUCCCCCGUCAACUACCCCCUAGGGCAACCACUCCUUUAGGACGACUAACCUCAGGACAACUACCACCUAGGACAACUACCCCCGGACAACUACCCCUAGGAAAACUACCCCCAGACAACUAUCCAAGGGGGUAGUUGUCUGGGUAGUAGUUGUCCGGGGGUAGUCAUCAUGGAGGGUAGUUUUCCGGGAGUUGUUGUCCUUGGGGUGGUUUUCCUAGGGGUACUUGUCCUUCGGGGUAGUUGACUAGGUGUUGGUUGUCCCGGGGGGGGGGGUAGUCGUGCUGGAGGGGGUUGCCCCAGGGGAUUUGCUGUCCUAGGGGAUAGUUGACUGGGGGUUGUUAUCCGGGGGUGGAUGUCCAGGGGUACGGUUUCCGGAUAAGAUUAGUUGCAUGUCAAGAUAUUUUGUGAUACGUCACAACUGUAAUUACUUCUGAAUAUAAUGCCUCUGUGCAAUAAUUUCGAGGAGAACUCUGAUGCCAACUUCACGUUUCCUUACAUUUGGUUUCUAACUCUCGAUAGCGGAUGACUUUCUGGACACCUUUAACCAAUUUUUUUAUUAUAAAGUUUUACAUGUUCAAUAAUCCACUUUGAAUUAUUAAGAUUUUGGCCAUUACAAAUCAACAUUAGAUACAUUACAUGAAUAAGUGCUUUUCACAUAAUGUUGACAGACAUAUCAUACAACACUUUUCGAGAUUUAGGGGCAAUCGUUGUCAUGUUGAAUUAAUAAACAGUGAAACCUGUCUAUAAAGACCACCCAAGGGAGACAAGAAAAGUGGUUUUUAAAGGCAGGUGUUCUUUAUGAACAGAUGCCUAUAGUACAUGUUUCAAUGAGAAAACAUUUUCAAGGGAAUCAAGAAAUGCGGUCUUUAUCGACAGGUGGUCUCUAAGGCAAGUUUGACUGUAUUUGUGUUGGUGUAAAUAGAGGUUUGUAGGUCGAUCGCAUUUGUCUGUACUUUCCUUAUUGAAAGCUUCAUCCAAAAAGGAAUUUAUUGCUGGCUCUAAGCUAACUGUUUAUAUGAAGAUUCAUCCCAUCAGGUAUCUUUGUACUAGAUUUUCAGAUAUUUUAUUGGUAAAUUUCUAUGAUUGAAAAUUGAUAUUGUAUGUAAAUUAAUAUGUUUUUUGCUUUUGGACCCCAUGGAAGAACAGGACCAUUUUGAAAAUGGUUCUGAAAUGGGCUAUCCAACCUUACUUUUUUAUCUUUUGAAAUGUGCUUUAUAACUUGUAUGUAUAUAUGGAUUUCGGAACUAAAUAACAAACAACAUUUUCACGGCAGCUCUUAACGAUUUCUCCCCCCCCCCCUCUCUCUCUCUUUCACAUAUGCGUAAUGUUUUCAACACACUUUUGUUUUUCUUCAGGAAACAAAUGGAUUAGAACAUACAUUAUAGAGUAGAUAAUAAUAGCGUAAAUAUAUGUGAAUGAUUUUCCUACAAGAAAGUAGGUAAAAGGGAACUUUUCCAAAAAAGUGAUAUGGAAAAACAUUUUUGAUGGAGAAGAUUGUGUAGAUCAUCUCGACAAAAUUACCUUUUCUCUACUUUAUUCAGUUAAUGCAAUCCAUUUCUACUCAAAGAGCUAAGAACUUGAAAAUGGCGUCCAGCGAUAGGCUAAAUAAAUAACAAAUAAAUGAAUUUGUAUAACUUAUUGAAAA